GGGCUGGCCGUGGGAGCGGGCGGGGGGCGCCGCUGGGGCCGGGGAAUGGGCGCGUAGGGAGCGAGGAAGGAAGGAAGGGAGCGAGCGAGCGAGCAAGCAAGCAAGCAAGCAAGCAAGGAGAAGAGCCGGACGGAGAUUCCCGCCCGGCGCCCGAGGUAGCCGCCCCCAUCGGGGUCCCCCUCCGCCGGCUGCGGGCUGCGCGCCCCCUCCAUCCGCCCCAGGGCUCCGCCGCCGGGAUGAGCAGCUCGCGGAACAACCGGGUGAUGGUGGAAGGCGUCGGGGCCCGGGUGGUCCGCGGCCCGGACUGGAAGUGGGGGAAGCAGGAUGGCGGCGAGGGCCAUGUGGGCACCGUGCGCAGCUUCGAGAGCCCCGAGGAGGUGGUCGUGGUGUGGGACAACGGCACCGCCGCCAACUACCGCUGCUCCGGGGCCUACGACCUCCGCAUCCUCGACAGCGCGCCCACCGGUAUCAAACAUGAUGGGACUAUGUGUGAUACUUGUCGACAGCAGCCUAUCAUUGGCAUCCGAUGGAAAUGUGCUGAAUGCACAAAUUAUGACUUGUGCACAGUUUGCUAUCAUGGGGACAAGCAUCACUUGAGGCAUCGUUUUUACAGAAUUACCACACCGGGAAGUGAAAGGGUAUUGUUGGAGUCUCGACGUAAAUCAAAGAAAAUUACAGCAAGAGGAAUCUUUGCAGGUGCCAGGGUGGUGCGAGGAGUUGACUGGCAGUGGGAAGAUCAAGAUGGUGGCAAUGGGCGUAGAGGAAAGGUAACUGAAAUCCAAGAUUGGAGUGCCUCGAGUCCACAUAGCGCAGCAUAUGUUCUUUGGGACAAUGGUGCUAAAAACCUUUACAGAGUUGGCUUUGAGGGCAUGUCUGACCUGAAAUGUGUUCAAGAUGCAAAAGGAGGCUCUUUCUACAGAGACCAUUGUCCUGUGUUAGGUGAGCAAAAUGGUAACAGAAACCCUGGUGGGCUGCAAAUAGGUGACCUUGUAAACAUUGACCUUGACUUGGAAAUUGUGCAGUCUUUGCAGCAUGGUCAUGGAGGAUGGACUGAUGGCAUGUUUGAAACUUUAACAACAACCGGAACGGUUUGUGGCAUCGAUGAGGACCAUGACAUUGUAGUACAAUAUCCAAGUGGCAACAGGUGGACAUUUAAUCCAGCUGUUCUCACCAAGGCCAACGUUGUCCGAAGUGGAGAUGCUGCUCAAGGUGCAGAAGGAGGAACCUCUCAAUUCCAAGUGGGAGACCUUGUUCAAGUUUGUUACGACCUGGAACGAAUCAAGCUUCUCCAGAGAGGUCACGGAGAGUGGGCUGAGGCAAUGCUUCCAACUUUAGGUAAAGUCGGUCGGGUUCAGCAGAUCUAUUCAGACAGUGACUUAAAGGUAGAGGUUUGUGGGACGUCUUGGACCUAUAAUCCAGCAGCUGUCUCGAAGGUGGCAUCAGCAGGAUCUGCUAUAAGUAAUGCAUCUGGUGAGAGAUUGUCCCAGCUAUUGAAAAAAUUAUUUGAAACACAAGAGUCUGGAGAUCUCAAUGAAGAAUUGGUUAAGGCUGCUGCCAAUGGAGACGUUGCUAAAGUGGAAGACUUGCUAAAGAGGCCAGACGUAGAUGUGAACGGGCAAUGUGCUGGACACACAGCUAUGCAAGCUGCAAGCCAGAACGGCCAUGUCGACAUUUUGAAGUUGCUUCUGAAACAGAACGUGGAUGUAGAGGCAGAGGACAAGGAUGGAGACAGGGCUGUCCAUCAUGCAGCCUUCGGUGACGAGGGUGCUGUGAUUGAGGUUUUGCACCGGGGCAGCGCAGAUUUGAAUGCCCGCAACAAGCGCAGGCAGACUCCGCUCCAUAUUGCUGUCAACAAAGGUCAUCUGCAAGUUGUCAAGACUUUACUGGACUUUGGCUGCCACCCCAGUCUCCAGGAUUCUGAAGGAGACACUCCACUUCACGAUGCAAUAAGUAAAAAGCGUGAUGAUAUCCUUGCUGUACUCUUAGAAGCUGGAGCAGAUGUUACUAUCACCAACAACAAUGGGUUUAAUGCUCUUCACCAUGCUGCACUAAGAGGAAACCCUAGCGCAAUGCGUGUGUUGUUGUCCAAGUUACCACGACCAUGGAUUGUUGAUGAGAAAAAAGAUGAUGGUUACACUGCCUUACAUCUGGCAGCUCUUAAUAAUCAUGUGGAAGUGGCUGAACUUUUGGUGCAUCAGGGCAAUGCUAACCUGGAUAUCCAGAAUGUUAACCAGCAAACUGCUCUUCAUCUUGCUGUUGAACGACAGCAUACACAAAUUGUUAGGCUCUUAGUCCGUGCAGGUGCUAAAUUGGAUAUUCAGGAUAAAGAUGGGGAUACUCCCCUUCACGAAGCCCUGAGACACCACACCCUGUCACAGCUCCGCCAACUCCAAGACAUGCAAGAUGUGGGCAAGGUAGAUACUGCUUGGGAGCCAUCAAAGAACACAUGCUUACAUAGAAGGACAGCCACUUCACACUUAAUAAUGGGACUUGGCACUCAAGGAGCAGAGAAGAAGAGUGCCGCAUCUAUUGCCUGCUUCCUGGCAGCCAACGGGGCUGACCUCGGCAUUCGUAACAAGAAGGGUCAGUCCCCUCUCGAUCUCUGCCCUGAUCCAAGUCUCUGCAAAGCAUUGGCUAAAUGUCACAAAGAAAAAGUCAGUGGCCAGGUUGGUUCCCGGAGUCCAUCUAUGAUCAACAAUGACUCUGAAACCUUAGAAGAAUGUAUGGUGUGUUCAGACAUGAAGAGGGACACUCUGUUUGGCCCGUGUGGCCACAUUGCCACGUGUUCUUUGUGCUCACCACGGGUGAAAAAAUGCCUCAUCUGUAAAGAACAAGUUCAGUCUAGGACAAAGAUUGAAGAAUGCGUAGUAUGUUCAGACAAAAAGGCAGCAGUGCUCUUCCAGCCUUGUGGUCAUAUGUGUGCCUGUGAGAAUUGUGCAAGCUUGAUGAAGAAAUGUGUACAGUGCCGGGCAGUGGUUGAGCGAAGAGUGCCUUUCAUAAUGUGCUGCGGAGGGAAAGGUACAGAAGAUACCAGUGAUGAUAUUUCAAGUGGAAACAUUCCAGUUUUGCAGAAGGACAAAGACAACACUAAUGUCAAUGCAGAUGUACAGAAGCUGCAGCAACAGUUGCAAGACAUCAAGGAACAGCAGACAAUGUGCCCUGUCUGUUUGGACCGCCUGAAGAACAUGAUCUUUCUGUGUGGCCAUGGGACGUGCCAGCUUUGUGGAGACCGAAUGAGCGAGUGCCCCAUAUGCCGCAAGGCAAUUGAACGGAGGAUCCUUUUGUACUGAACAGGGGCCAGGGUCUUUUACUAGGUUGUGAAAGAGUAAGGACGUGUUGAUGGUUUUAAACCUCUUGUUAGUUUGAAAGGUAGUAAAGGGUUCUGAUGAAAACAUUUCUAAUACCGUAGCACAGGUUUGUUACAUAGUAAUUGUUAAAGACUGUGAACACACCAAAUAAACAGUAUUUGAACAGUCAGCUUUGUAGCUUUACUCAUAAAAAAUGUCUAAGCCUAAUGCUAAUUUAAAACAGUCUUUUUUUAAUUUUGUUUCUGUCUUCUUCUUCCCCUUAAAGUUUAAAGGGACAAUCUUAUUCUGUUUUUGUUCAUGUGUAUCAUGUAUGUAUCAGAUGUCAAGUGAUGUAAGGGAAUUUUUUUUCACAUUGUCAGUUACUCUCAAACAAAUAUUUAGGAUUUUUUUUUUUUUUUUUUUUUUUUUUUUGCUUUGUGCUUUUCUGGAGGGUAUCAACAUUUCCUGUGACAAUUCUGAUUCACAAUUAAUUCUUUCAUGACUAUGUAUAGUCAUGAAAAAUCAAUACAAAAUACAUACACAGUAACAAUAGAUAUACUACUCCCAUAAGGUUGUGCCUCAGAAUGCAAUGGUAGGGUAAUUCUGACUUCAUCAUGCCCUUUGUUCCCGAGGAUGGGUUGUGUAGGAAACAAUAAAAAGAAAAAUCUGUUUUAGAAGCAUUGUGUUUCCAAAACCGCACUUUGAGCUGAGCUAACAGGUUCAAGCUAAGUAACUUAAACAGCGAGCUUCAUAAUUCUGCUAAUAAUAAUUCUGCUAAUUACUUGACUUUGUAUGGAAUUGCUUUUAGCUUGAGUGAAAGGAGAACAUUUGAGCAGUGGGUCAGUUAUCCUUUUAGAUGAGGGAAUUUGGUCUGUUAUGCAGAAACACUUACAUGCAGAGCCAUUUAAAAAUUGUGGGUCUGUGAAUUCAGAAAAAAGAGGUUUUGCAAAAUUUUCUUUCUUUUUAAGUGAGUUUUAUUGUCUCCAGGCAAACAGUGUCAACAGCAAAAGAGAAUAUUUAAUAUUGAUUAUUCAUCUAAUUGGGGUGAUAACACCAGAAUUUAUCUGUGAGCAUUACUGAAUAAUACUGCAAAUGAAGAUAUUGCUAACAGAACAGUGAAUUUUGUGAGCUGUGUCUAGUUGAACUAAAUUUUGCUGAAGGAGUUUGUUGUCCCCGAUACGAUACAGAGCUGUUCCUCCUGACCCCCAAAAUGCUACUGUUAGGGACUGCAAGCUAUUUAACAUUUUGAAAACAAAUGUAUCCUUUCAUCCUUUUUGGUGGUAGAAAAUGCACUGAUUUAAGGAUCUCUUGUAGCUAAAAGGAAUCUGUGCUUGCUCCUGAGUGAUUUGACAGUUUUCUGAGUUCAUGUAGCCCAUUGCCAUUGUGCAGACUUCAUUUGGAUGUGCUCUUGCAGAACAUUAAAGAAAUCCAUGCUGGAGUCACUUAGGUGCCUUACUUGCAGCUAAGAUAAAUUUAUUAUUGAAUUCUCAUUGCAUAUGUCUAAAAUGUGGGCAAAAGGAUAGUUCAGGGAAAGAUCCAAGUAAGGAUAAUGUAAUUGUGGUCUUUACAGAUAAAUCAGUCUGUCUUCUGAAACUUAUGUGGGUAUGCCUGAACUGUGCGGAUGUUGGCAAAUGUCUCAGAAGACUGUUACUAAUAAACUGUAAAGAUAGACAAACCUUUAAGCAAUAAGAUUUAAACACUGAAUAAAGUUUUCCAGGAAACAAGUACAGUGAUAUAUUGGAAAAGUAUAUGUAGAGGGACUUUUAACACCAUGAAGUGGUGUGAUACACAGCCUUACAAAAGCCAUCUUUAAUCCUCAUCCAGCAUUCCAAAUGUUCCUCAUUAUUUUCAGUGUUCUUUCAUUGGACACAAUCAAAAUUUGGAGUCACUGUAGUAGUCUGGUUUAUUUUGUAUACUAGUGGUCAUCUGUUCUCAGAUAAUCUGCAUUCUUGACCAAAUGAAGCGGGCUUCCCUUUUUUUGCUCCUUGAUUCCUGUUGUAAAAUACCAAAAUUUCAAAGAGUUUUAGAAAGUUUUUGAUGUAAGGCCUUUUUCAGUUCAGCAUUUUGGUAUCUCCACUUGAGCUCUGUGUGCAUCUGAGUGUUCUUUACAAUUUUCAUUUGGACAAUAUGCAUGUUACUAAGUUUUAUGGUUUGACUUUUUUGGGGUUUUUUUUGGUAGCAUGUUUUACAGCUGAACUUUUUAUAGUAGGCUUCAGUUUCUUGUCAGGCUUCCCCUGGAAGUACUUCUAUAAUAGGAUGUGCCAUUUGAUGAUCCAUUCUGAGUUUUAGCCUGUCGUGCAUCAGAUUUGUGCCUUGAUUUCCUCUGUCUCUGGCAGACGUAUUUUGUCCUCUUAGUUCUUUAAGGGAAUCUCUGCAAACUUGGCUGCACGGAUGCAAGGUGGAUCUCUUCUUGAUCACGCAACUCAAAACUGAAACCUCAUUAUAGCAGUUUGCAUUUUCCUUAAUCUUUGUUGCCGGAACAAGCCAGAAUUACUUUAAAGUAUUCCAGCUUAGCGUCAUCUGAGUUAGAACAGAUCUGAAGCAUCCUGGGUAGGAAACUGGAUGUAAGAUCUAAGUUACUGUUUAACACUCUCAGUGCUUGGAUACCAUCACCGUCCUAUGGAAAUGGAGUCAAUGACUGAAGGUAUUGCUGUAGGAGCAGCUUUAGUGUUCUAUACUGCACUCACAGCAGAUGUAUGUGACUGCAUAGGAGUUUGUGAUGGGACUCAUUCAGCAAUGUUGUGUGCCAGUUGAAACUGAACUGUGUCAGCUUGAUAGUGACACAGAAAAACAACUAUUUUAGUGCCAAGAAAAACAACUAAAUUAGAAAGACUAGGAAAUGUUACCAAGAUGCUGGAAUUAUUUAUAUAGGUCUCUUAUUGACAGGAGGAAGAGCUGUGUCAUGUCUGCAGAUGGCAAUACAGUUUGCCUUUAAAAAAAAUUACGAGGAAAAAUGCUUGCAAAUCCAGUAUCAUUUAUGGAAAUAAAUAUUUAUAUUCAGACCCUUUAUUUUCAUUCAGAUGUAGAAGGUGAAGCUAGUGUUGUUGAGGAUCCCAGUAAGCUCAUUCACUUUAUUUUGUAGUUAUCUGUGCAAUGUGCACAGAGUAUGAACGUUUAAUUGGAUAGCACAUACUUGAAGGAUGAGAAGUUAACUUGAAAGUCAAAGGGGAUCAUAACAAGGAGGAGAGUUAAGGAAAUAUCACUGUGCGUCUGUCUUCAGCAAAAGAUUAAAGUCUAAAUUUCACCUGAGCAAAAUGAAAAUUGGAAAAAUCAGGCAUUUAUCUCUUAAUUUAUUGUAAAGUUGUAGAAUGUAAGGGUUUGUAAGGUUUGUUAUGUCUAUUCCCCAGCAUUUAAUAACAAUUUUGAAAUUCAAUGGAAUGAAAUAUCUCCAUUUGUUUCUGGAAACAAGUAACAAGACACCUAAAAAUAUGUAUUGUUCAGUGUGAGAUGCUCAGAUGUUUAAGUAAAAUACUUUCUUUUCCAUUCUUUGAGGGACAUAAAAAGUGUUUAACAGUUAACAGUUUAAAUCACUAUGCAGUGAUGUAAAGUGUAAGGACAACCUAAGAGGUUAACAAAAUAAACUUAAUAGUUGUAGAUUGUUAACUUUUGUAUAACUACCUUUGACUUUUUUUCCCCCCUCAAAACUUGUGUCAUCACUUAUUGUGGCCCGAGCUUAUAUGGCACUUCUCAAAAUGUGGGCUGCUAUUGCCUACUUUCCAUUUGUUGGAUUACUGUGUAUUUGUAUUUUGGGGUUUGGAGAAAUCCCUUUUUCCUGGAGUGGAUAAUAAAAACUAGACUGGUGAGAUAGCAAACAAGUUGCUUUGUAAAUGUGAAAGUUUGAUUAGAAGGUGGUGUUCUUAACUUGGACUGGGUGAGAAUAUAGCAGAUUUGCACAAGUACUUGUGCCUUGUUAGCAUAAUCUUAUAAUUGGUAUUUUAGCUUAUUUUAAAGACCUGAAAUGGUCUUUUAAAAAUAAUUAAGUACUUAUUGUGUAGAUAUUUUCUAGAGAUGAAGGUUUAUGUAUGUGUAAUUAUCUUUAGCAGUAUCAAUUGCAGUUAGUGUAAACACUAAAUUGUUUGAAGAAGCUGCUUUCAGCUAGUGAUCUGAGCUUCCUCUACAAAACUUAUUGUCAGAAAUUUAAUUUUACUCUUCCAGUAGCAGCUGGUGAACCGAAGAGCCUAUCCUGUUCUUUGUGCUGCAUGGGUCAAGUUUUCACUUAAAAAACCAAACCCCAACAACACUACAGUCUAACCUUUAGCAGUGCUACCUCCUUUCUGUCAAAGUGCUGAAUCCUUCUCUAGCUGUUUGCUGUGUCUUUGGGAAGGGGUAGGGAAUGCAUCAGUUUUCUUUCACUUCAUCAGUUUUGAUGUCUGAAUACAUUGCAGAGGGUUUUUUAAUUUAGAAAAUUACUAUGUAAAUUGCGUACAAUAGCAUUGUGUGAUUUGCCACAAAGUACAUUGUAUACCUGUGCAUAAGUUGCUGGAAUUCAUUCUGUUGUUUUUCUGUGCAUUUCAUACUUUGUUUGUGUUGACAAAGCUAAACUGUUGUUUGCAGAAGCUUUAGUAUGUGCCAUUUUUAUAGCUAAGCCUGUGGUAAAUACACUAGUUCUGACUCAGGGCUUUUUAACAACUUAAACACAUUCACAAUAUUCUUCAGCACAUCUUGGAGAAUACUAGAGAUUUAAUGACUGUACAGUGCCUUGAUAGAACAGUUGAAUGGGCAGCAGCCAUAGGGUCUUCACAAGAAUGCAUGUAUCUUUUCAAUCCAGUUAAUGAGUUGACAUUAAUAUAGUUGUAAUGCCCUUGCCAUGGAUUUAUAAACUUGUAUAUAUGUUUUUCUGUCAAGGAAAAUUGGCAAAUUUAGAUAUUGUUAAGCUUUCUGAAAGCUGUUUAAUUGUUGCACUGGUCAUGAGGAUCUGAAGGGCAUAAUAUUCAAAUUUACAGAAGUAGCUUUUGUGUCAAAGACAGCUGAAAAAAUUUUCCGUAUGUGACAUUUUUAGUGUGAGGGAGAGAUCAUUGUAUAACAUGUAAAAGUACCUGCUUUACUCUGAUCUAGUAGAUCUUCUGUAAGUGAGAGAGAAAUAACCAACAACAAAUCAGUAUGUUUGCAUGCCAUUUCAUAGUUAGAAAACUUUGUGUCAUUUUGAGCUUCUAGGAAAUACUUAAUUUAUCCCAGCCUUAGUGUCUUUAUGUAUGCAAACUAUUCAUGUUAGAAAACAGGUUUUACUGAAUCACAACGAGCAUUUUUGUUUUUCUUAAAACUAACUUUGUAUUUUCUGUAAACUGUAGAUUUUGACAUGACUGUUUAUUGGAGAAAUUUAAGGUUGCCUGUGUGAACGUAGUGUAUUUCUGUAUGCAGAUAGCAUUAUAUAAUUGCUUACUUUAAAACUGCUUAGCAAGGUCUAAGCUUUUCAAAGGAAAUGCUGAUGUACUGUAUGGUUAGUAAAACUUGUCAUUUAAGAUGUAUACUGACUUUUUCAAGAGCUUUGAUUUAAAAGUAUAGUUGGACUGAAUUAAUACUGAUUUUUUGCACACAGCAUUGGAAAAGGGGUGGUGACUCAUUUGUCUUCCUCCUUCUUAGUUGCAAUGAUGUUAGAUGUCACCAUGGAAUUUGAAAAUUGGACACCUGAAAAAGUAUUUGCAAACGUAGUUACUUGUUGGCAUACAAGGUUUAAAAGAGCACCAGACUUUAUUGAGAAAUUUUGUAGUCCAAAGUUCUUAAAAAACCUGGUUCUUUUAUAAUAUGUUCCUGAAGAACGAGUUUGUGGAAGCAUCAGAAGUGCUACGUGCCUUUGAAUCUCCAAGGUACUCAAACAUUGUUAAAGCAGCACAGUAGAAGUUCGAAGGGCGGAUUAUAUUGUUACAACAGAAAGGUUGAUUAAAAAUUAUCUCUGGAUUAUGUGCAAAUUUUUCUGUAAAUAUGCAGUUCAUAGUACUGUUCUACUGACCUGAGUUGCUGUUAAGUGUUUGUUAGACUCUGUGUUUACUUGUAAUUGAAUGGCCUUUACAGAUCUGGCUAUGUGAAUGUGAUCGUUUAAACAUCUCCUGCCAGAUACAGUAACUUCCAUAUUCUGAGACAACAGAUGCUGCAUCAUGGUUUGUACUUUUAGGAUUCACUUUAAUGGAUGCAUUUGUAAAAAAAAAAAAAAUUAAAAAAAAAAAAUCUGUGUAAUCAAAGGCAACAAAACCAGCCAGACUUACAUGGCUUAGUGUUUUUAUUUGUCCUAGUGUACAGAUGAAAAAGGGAACUGACAGAAUAAAAAGUUUGUUGCUCUCUUUCUCAGUUUCUUUUCAUUUUUCAAGUUUCUUCAGCCUCGGUUUAUAUGCAGGUCUGUAUGAAAACACAGUGUUUUCAAAUACUUUUGAAAACACUUUAUUUUAAAAUAAUUCAUGCAAAUUGUUGAAAUACAUUUGAAGUAGCCCCUUGUUCUUUGCUUUGGGAUUUAUGAGCUGUUCACAUAUUUCUCCUUACGUGUUCAUUGAACGUGAUGGGAGCAGUGCUGGCAUUGGUUGAAGACUUCAUCUCUGUGGUCUCAAAGGUUUCAGCCCCUGCUGUUGAUUGCAGUGGAAGCUGCAGGUUUUGCUCAUGUUUGGUAUUGAUGGGUUUAGAUUUUGAGAAAGCUGUUUCCUACUGUACAAUAUAAAUAAUUAUAAUAAUUUUAUAUUAUAAGUACUGUGUAAUGCAGUUAAUUUCUGUAUAGUGCACUUUGCUGUUCUAAGUCAUUCCAGUUAUAUCCCAUAUACAAUUGUCUGUUUUUGAUGGGAGUGGUGAAAGUGCAUGGAGAUUUCCUUUGGAUUUGACAUGAAUCAAGUGCAGAGUUCUUCAUGGGUACACUCUGUUUCAUUUAGGGAGUAAAGAUUAGUGGUAGUGUUGGUAUAAAAAAGCAUUAGCCUUCCUUUUCAGACUUGGCUUUCUACCAUAAGGAAAGGAAAUAUAAGUUAUCAGAAAUAAAAUUGUUGAAGUUAUUGUGCUUUGUGCUGCCCUGCUCAUGAUGGUGACAUGCAUUAGAAAACUUUUGCUUUCAAGAAUGAAUCACACCAACUUUUCUUGAUGCUUAAGCUUUUGGCUGAAAAAAAAUCAGGGUUUUAAAUGGUUUGUUCCCUUUUCAGCAGAGUAGUGUUCCAGGAGAUUGUAAGGCAGCGGUUUUUUGCAGUCUUUAGAAGUGAUGCUAUGAUGGAUUAAAAUAGUUUGUAUUAAAAACCAAGAACAGUGCCAACUGGCAGUGUACAAUUAGGAUUUAUUGAUGCUUAUGUGACUGCCCUAGACAAGCUAACAAACCUAAUUUCUAAAAUUUUUAAAAUACACUUGUGAGACUGUAGUGACCUCUUGCAACACUAACACUCUUACUGAAUUUUUCUUAGAAAUAAAUCUGUGGGAGGUAAGGAGACAAACUUAAUUCUGAGCCGAUUUCACCAUUGACGUGCCUGCGUCCAAAAAUGUGUGAGUAUUUCUCCCACAAGGGGUCAGUAGCACCCUCCAUUUGGCACCACUUUUUAUUACAAUAUAAGCAGAAAGCAAACAAGGGAUAAGGAUAAUGAUGAUUGCAUUAAUAUGUGGGUGGACCAGACCUAACUUGUCUCCUUUUUCAAGCAGGCUAAGUAUAAUUAGGUUAUUUGCUGACUUCGGUAAGCACCGUAUUCUAUCCUCUGACUCUCAUGUGACAUGAACAUUGCUACUAUUGAUUAGGGCAAAGUUCCAGUGGAGUGUUUGCCUUUAGCUCUAGUUGAAAGUAUUCAUUUAGUCAAGCUUUUUUUCAAAAGCAUGCUGUUGGAGCAGAUAAACUAUAUGAAAGAGCUUGUCCAGCGGGCAGGGAAAAAGAAUUCUUGUAAGAGUGUCCCACAUAUUCUUAAUGAUAACCACAGUCUCCCUAGAUGGCUAGAGCUGAUUAAUAUUUUCCACUCUUUAGUAAAACAGCUUAUAGUUAGAUAUGCUUUGAAGCCUAUCAAGCUGCUCAGUGGAAGGAAUGUCCAGCUUCUCAAGGCUUCCCUGAGUAUGCAAGUUACUUGCAGGCCAGAAGUUUGAAGUUGAAGUAACUCAUAAUCUUUCUCCCAAGAGGCUGAACAGACCAGAGAGCUUCAAAAAACAUUUCCAUCCCCUGUAGCAAAGUCACGUUUCACAAAUAGGAAUCCUGAGAUGGUCACUGUCAUUCAGGCACAGGCUCUUAUGUGUGUUGAAUUUAACAAGAGGCCUUCCUUACCUUUGUGUUUGCAACUCCUGUUAUUCUCUCUGUCACAUCUGUUGUGGGGCUUGUAUUUCAUGUCCUCAGCGCUUCUGUCCCCGCUACUGAAAUCCUCCAUUUCAAUUCUUUCUUUGUAUUUUUGGUAGCAGAACUGUGUCCCUUCCUUCUUGGUAUGUCCCUUCUGAAUGUCCUGUUUUCUUUUACACUUCAGGUGGGCAUAAGCAUAAUGAAGCCCUGUCCUUGUGUCCCUAACUCCACUGUGAAUUUCUGUACUGACAGGAGGAAUUCCUGAAUUUGGUCUUGGCAUAAUUUCACAUUAAUUUAUUGACAUCCCUUAUUUUUCCCCAUUGGUGGCAUAAGAAAAAGAUUUUGUCUACCACCUGAGUAAAGUGUAGGGCCACUUCUGAUCUCAACCAUAUAAGGAAAUUCAGAAACAAGUAAAUGUUUCAAGGUUGCUUGGCUUUGGUGAUGUCUUUUUGUCCUAUAGGCCACCUGUAAUUUUCAUUCUUACUGUAUCCUGGAUUUGGUUUUUGGUGGCAGCCUGAGGGUUUCUUUUCAAAGAAACUCACAAGCAACUAGAAGAUAGAAGCUUCCAUCUACAGUGUCUUGUGCACUUACAUUGCCUGGAGGAAGUUCAGAAGGAUUGCUUGCAAAGAGAAGGGGUCUGGUUUUGGACUUCUUGCUGCCUCCAUAAAGAAUUAGGAAAAGAAUUCCAUAUCUCUAGAUAAAGUAAAUCUUUAUAACCCCUAUUGUGUCUAUACUCUACAGUUGUAGGGUAUCAUGAUGUUCUGUAUGAAAGCUAUAUAAACUAAAUAGCAAUUACAUAGCAUUUAUUUCCCAAUGGCCACAGAUUGUUGGCUUUGAAAUACAAUACUAUUAUUCUUCCUCUCUUCUUCUGUGAUGUGACCUGUAACAUAAAGAUUACUUCAGGUCAAUCCAGACAAGGCAGCUUUUCCUAACACAGAGCCCUAGUUAAGCUGUUUGUGGUACAGCCGUACAAUUUAAAGCAUCAUGCUCAAGUUUUUUGUCUGAUUUUCUGAUUUAUAGCACAUGGCACUUAAAACACCUAAUUUAUAUUGAUACUGGGUUUUGGUCAAGUGAUUCUGAUUCUGUAUAAGGCUGAGGAAGUCUUCAUAUUAUUGUUGUCCUCUAAAACUACAUUAUCCAACCAUUUCAUCUAGAGGACAUAGAGUCUGGAAGCACCAUACUUUUUUGUUGAGAUAGAAAAGUGUGCUAGAGUAAGGGUAUGGGGAAACUUAAAGCUAAAAUACAGUCGUAGACCUAGUUCUUGUGGUGUUUAUGAGGUGGAAAUUCAGAUGGCAAAUUUGACAGUAUUUAAAAUUGAGUUUUAAAUUUCUCUGUACCCUUUCUGGAGAGCCUGUAACAUAGAAACAUUGAGUCCUGCUGAAACCCUGCCAUGUCCUGCAUGUCCCACCACCCCAGAUAGGUCCCUCCACACCAAAUCUCCCUGGAGGGAGAUUGUCUUAUGAGAUAUGCCUUAUAAUCACACUGAAAUUAUUCCACCCAUGGAGAAGGAAGGCAUGGGAAUUACAAACCAGUCCCUAGAGCAAAAGUUGUGGAUUUGCUGUUCUAUUUAACACAGCUUUCUUCCCAUGGCACACACUGAGGAUGUGAAGGAGUGAGUGAUCUUGACUUGGAUUUUCUGUGUGCUGUGGCUGUCUGCAGCCAGGCAGCAGCAUAAAGGAGCUGCUGCAAAUCAACUGCUCAGUAAUGAGCUGUGUGAGGUGCUCACCCUGCAGCAAGCAGAAGUUGGGAGCCACUUAUGCUUUUAAAGUGCUGCAGCCAAGUAGGGUUGAGUGGGCCAAGCCCUCUGGGCAUCUACUUAUCCUGAGCUGACAUUGCUUUAUUGGUAAGUGGCAUUGAAAUGAAAUAGAUUUGAAAAGCAUAUCUUCAUUAACAAGAUUGGGAUAGCAGACAUUUGAUUUUAGGCUUUAUCUGCUGUGCUGAAUCAAACGGUGACACCAAGAUUUGGCAAGCAGUUGUUGAGCACUCCAGGAAAGGUUAGUCAUUGGCUUUUGUAGGAGUUUCUCAACUUUGAGGACGUAGUCAAAUAGUCCUCAGGAAAGAAAAAAACAACCAGCUAGCAAGAGUGUUUCAGAAGAAAGCUGGUUCUUUUUUUUUUUUUUCUUUUUUUUUUUGGUUGGUUGAUUGGCUUUUGGUUUGUUUUGGAUUUUUUUGUUCUCACCCUCUUCUGGAUGGCAACUGUGGUGCCUGGUUUUUCAUUUCUCUUGCCAAUUUUCAUUUAGCCAAAAGUGCUGCCAUAGCUUCUACUUGACAUCUGGAUUUGCCAAAAACAAACAUAUAUCCUAUAUGUCUGUUCCAGCUAUUCCUGAGCAUCAUAUUACCUCUCCCCAGAACAUCUUCCAAGGGUAUGAGUGUGUGCUUGUGGGGUUGUAGGAGAGCUAGUGUUAUCCUCUGUAACUUUCCAGUAUAAGGAAAAGAAUUUAAGGUUGAUUUGGUCUGAUCUUUUUCUUUCUGACCAUCUUCAAUUAUCAAAUGUUGAGAUGCGUUUUUUUUCAUGUGGCAUUUAAUUUUGAGAGAAAGUCAAUGGGGGCAUCAUUGCUGUGCCUGGAGUUCCUGGAUUUGGCCUGUCCUUAAGCCUGUUAGCCUAAGAUUGGUUGUUUUAUGAGGUACAGGUAUUUAAACACUAAGCUAGCCAGCACUGCUCGUAGGAAUAUUAAUAGAGAUGGCCUGGAGCUGGCAGGUUUUUCUGGGGAAGAUAAGGAAGGGCUUAGCACAUCCUAGGUUAAGCUCUUCCCUGUCACAGCUGGAUGCUAAAUGCUGUGUGACCUGCAGUGUCUGAAGGGUAGAUAGAGAUUAAGGCAUCCUCAUGGCACAGUGCUGUGUCCAUAGGAGCUAGCCGUGAGAGAAGUGCACUGCAUCCAUGAUAACAUAAUAUUUUUUUGUGAUUUGGUACAUCUGGCUUUUCUGGAAGGGUAGGUAGCCUGAGAUGAGGUCAGUAGGUAGCCUAGGAAACCUGGAGAUAGGGCAUUGGGUGGUGCUUGGUACUCGUAGCCCAGAACUCUAGAACGAAUUUGCUCAUGUAUCUGUGGAUUGGCUGUCAGUGAAUUAGAAACAAGAGAAUUUAUAAGGCACCAGCUUUCCAUGUUUGCAUGAAAAGUGUCCUUCCCUGUGCUUUAUUAAUUUGCUUCCUCCUGAUAUGGAAAGAACGCAGGAAGCUAACAAGCCUAGCUUGUUUUGCUGUGAACUGUGUAUAUGCAGCAUUGAACAUCUCCUUAGAUAGCUUUGAAUGUGGACAGGCAAAGGAAAAAAAAAAAGGGGGAAGGGGGGAGGACAGAGAGGUCUUUAAUGAUGUGUUACGUUAUUGAUGGAAUUUCUAACCCAGAGAACUGCCUGCCUGGGAGCUGUGGGCAGUGUUACCCACAGUUACUGCUUGCUCGUGCAUAGUUCAUUUUUGUUUUAUUGUUCAGGGAAGAUAAAGUGGUGUCUCUGCUAAGCGUGGUGACUGGCUGGGAAGAGCAGCCUGGUUCUGCUGAGCACAGCUGCCAAAACUGGAGCAAGCCAAGAGAGAGCGGUUCUUUUGUCAGGGACAGAAAUGUGGUCUGACAGAGCUUUCUUAUCAAAGGGAAGGAUUUUUCACUUCAGGAGGAAGUUUGGCUGGGAAGGCAUUGGAUAACUUUUUUUUUUUUUCAGCUCUGCGGGAAGUCCUGUAUAAAUGUGUUUUCCAUGAAUGUAAUAGUUCUGCUUCUGACUCUCUGGAGAGAACAUUAGUGCCGUGUAUGCGGGAAAUAACACAAGGGUGACUAAAAUACUUUUAAUCUGAGUAAGUCAGCAAACAUACCUUGUGUGCUCACAGCCAAGAGCCAUUUGCUCUUGGCUUAUGCCAUGGAGCAGGCAAAAAGUAGGUCUCUUUUUUUUUCUAAUUUUUUAUUCUAAGUAUUUCUAAAAUUUCCCUUGAUCUGUUCCAAGCCAUCAUGUUGUAGUUAAAUUAAAACUCAGCCUUUUCUUCUGGUAAAUACCUUGUGUAACAGGAGUGAUUUGUUUGUGUUUCAGCUUAAACUUGGAUAAUUUUGUUUAAACAUUAAGAGCCUAUGUGUAUAUAAUAUAGAGAAGUUUCUCUAGUACAGUUGAAGAAACAAGUUGUCCUCUAACUGGGGCCAUUAGAUUGUGAUUUGUUACAUUUGGUUUCCGUGGUUUUCCUGUGAGUCUUUACACGAGUCACUUAGUUUUGUGUUUCCUCUCUUUCUUAAGUGUGAAAUGAGAAGUUACUGCUUGGGGGUACGGAAAGAAAUCUGCUCGUGUAUGGAGGGACUCCUACAACGGCCAUAAUGAGUUCCUGAGUAGAUAAGAUGCCUCCCCUGCCAGCCAGACACGCUGUGGUGUACCAGCUCACUUCGGUGUUUUCCUGAUGAAAAACUGAAACCAGAUGCUAGUGCUACUUCAAUCUUGCCACAGAGCAAAUAGGCAUAAAAUGAACUAAUACCUUCCACCACCCAAGCAAUGGGAGUUAUUAAUUAACUAGUAAUUAUAUACAAAUGUGUAUUUUAUGAUACUUAACAAGUAACUGUUGGCUAUUAUUUCCUUAUUAAAUCUGUUAGUAAGAAAGAGCUGUAUUCAAUACAGGCACUGAGUUAUAACUAAGUGAGCUAACAAAAUGCCAGCUUUUGGGCGGCGACAUUUCUCUGAGGUUCUCUCUCUGUGAUCUUGUCCGCGGACUGAAGCAUUUUGAGAAGUGCUUUCUGGAACUCCACCUCCCACAGCCAGUAGGUGUCGCUGCAAGCAUUGCAGUAAGGGAAGAACGAUUUUGGGGAGAAAAAAAUAAAAGUUCAAGUGUAUGCUGUAUUUUUUUAAAGUUAGAAAUAAUUGCAGAAGAACAAUUAAAUCCUAAGUUACUAACCUAGCAAUUUGAAUAGAUGUUUCUUGGAGAUGCUUAAAGGUUUGAAAUACUUAUUAAAAAAAAAAA